AUGUUCACCGGGAUGCGGACAGAGAGCCGGGGGGACCCGGUGGUCCUGGAUGCUGCGGCUCUGAGGCAGCAGAGGAGACUGAAACAGGCGAUCCAGUUCCUCCACAAAGACUCAGCUGAUCUGCUGCCUCUGGAUGGCCUGAAGAAGCUCGGGACAUCCAAACAGGGGCAGCCACAUCAUAUUCUCCAGAAGCGCCUGUUGGAGGCGAAGUUGUCCAGAGGACAGAUGACCAUGUGUGGAGUGACACCAAACACCAAGCUCCUUCUGAGCUGCACUCAUUUCAGUUCGCAUGAGGAUGAGGAGGGGGAAGAUUUCAUCUUCGUACCCUGCAAGUGUUUAGGACAGGAGGUAAAUGUACUCAUUGACACUGGCUGCAAACUGAACCUGAUGUCCUCACUAACUGUAAAGAGAUUAGGUUUGAAAGAUCUGGUUGAGGAGAACAAAGAGGAGACGGACGGCUUUCCAUUUCAGAGGAAGAUUUGUAUUGACGCACACAUCAGGGGACUCAGCCUGACCAUCGGACAACUAAGAAUAAUGUGCUCCUUUGCCAUAGUAGAAAGUAACAGACCCCUGAUGUCUCUUGGCAACAAGACAUUAAUGUCACUCAAGUGUGUAAUUGACACUGAAAAGCAGAUGUUGGUGUUUGGGACGACCGUCAGAGAGCAACUUCAGUUUUCCAAAAAGCCAUUUAAUGAAAGCUCCUCUGGCUUCACAGACCUGUGACUUUCCUGCCUCCCCAACAACAACGACGACAACAACAACAACAACAACAACAACAACCCAGUGACCAAAAGCAAUACAAUUAUUUACUGUUACAGCUAGAUGCCUAAGGAGCUUCAGAUUUCUCUCCUCAUAAAGUCUCACUUACUGCCUAUUUGUUUGCUGCAUUCAUGAAUCAGAUCAUCUUUUCUGACUUGACGUCCACAGCAGCUGCUAUCACAGACUCUUCCUCAUGUAGCAAUGAGU